AGGAGCGUGUGAUAAAGUGUCACGCAGCUACUAUCCGCAACAACGGGACUGUAACAGCAACGGGAUAUAAAGCUCUUAUCAUUUACACCAGAGAAGCUGCAGCAUCAAGAGCCAAAACCAGCCACACUAACUUAACACUAGUCGAGGAAACAGCUGAAUCAUGAGUGCUGCUCACAGUCAAACAACACUGAGGUCCAAACUAGAGGCCCUGGAGUGCCACUUUACCUGGGCUCUGGACACCACAAGGAUCUUUCUUUUACGUCGCCGCGACAUCCUGGUGGACAUCGGCACGGAGGAGGGAAACAGCUGGCUGGGUCACAUCUACAACCUGAGGGGGUUCAUUCAGUGCAAGCUGGGCUCCACCGAAGAAGCCCUGAGUUUGUUCCUCCAGGCUGCAGAGGCCUUCCGCCAGAUGAGACGGGCAGAUGAAGGUCCCUGGUUGGUGGUGAAUUACGGGAACCUGGCUUGGCUGCACGACCUCCUGGGAGACCAAGCAAAGAGCGAUGAUUACCUUUCAAAGGUUGACGCCCUGAAGAAGAAAUACCCAACUCCAUCAGAGGACGAGCUCCAUGCAGAGCUCUACGCUGAAAAAGCCUGGACCCUGAUGAAGUUCAGCGCAAAACGAGAGCUGGUGUCAGAUUACUUCCAGAAAGCCAUCAGGAUGCAGCCAGACAGGGUGGAGUGGAACACCAGUCACGUCAUCGGGUUAGCGAAUGCUUUUAAACGAGGCAGCAGAGAGAUGGAGGCUGACAUCUUGGAUGAAAUGAGAGACGCCAAGGUACAGGAUCCAGAGAACUUGUACCUCGCUGCUUACUACCUGCAGCUACGUGCAAUGAAAGGGCCAGACAUUAAAGACGAAGCACGUGACUUAGCUGAAAGGAUUUUAAGAAACCCUGUCAGCAGCUAUAGUGGUAUGAGUGCAAUACUUCAUGUCUACAGAAUCUGUGGAUUAAUUGAUGAGGCCAUUGUUUUGGCAGAAAAGGCUCUGGAAAACCAUCCAGAUGAACGCUAUCUGAAGAGAUGUGCUGCACUAACUCUCAAAUGGAAGAUCAUUUUUUUCAGUGAGAGUGGCGUAGAUGAGAGCAUGAUUGACAAAGCAGUCAGUCUCCACAAGGAGGUGAUUUCUCUUUACCUUGAUUUGGCCCUUGUGAAGGAAAUGGACCUCGCAAAUAUAUAUGCAAAGUCCAAUCACAGCAAGGCUAAAGCCAAACGUUUGUACCAACAACUGCUAAAAAGGGAGCUGGAACCUGCAGAGAAACAGGUGCUUUACAACCACUAUGCAAAAUAUCUCUUCUUCGAUCUAAAGGAUGACAACCAGUCAAUAGAUUAUCACAUGAAGGCAGCAGCAAUACCGAUACCAUCCCUCUCUCGUGAGAACAGCAUCAGAGUUCUUGAGAAGAAUAAAGGAUGGCACCCAAAGUGUAGAGAAAUAGAGGAGUGUCUGCAAAACCUGCAAGAGCCAUAGUGGGUUGUUUUUACAACAACAUUCACACAUUGUAGUCACAGCUAGAGGAGCAAUGCUGGGGUUAAGUGUCUUGCACAAGGACACAUUGACAUGCAGGUUAACCUGGGAUCAAACUGCCAACCCUCUGAUUGGAGGUCGACGGCGCUCCCCACUCACCCACAGUCGCACUUUGGAAGGUUGUUGGAAGCAGGUGUAUGACACACACAUGAAUAUCUUUCAACUAAAUGUCUAAAUGUUAUUGCCAUUAUGUGAUAUCACAUGGUUUAUUACAGAUAUUGAUCAGAUGUAAUGUCGAUUCUAUUCCUGCUAUGUUUGUUUUCUCCUCUUAGCAGUUUAUUUUAAGUGUAUGUUAUAAUAUUAAUAAUACUACUACUACUAGUGUAAUGAAAUCUGCUUUGCUGUAUGCCUUUAAGUAGUGGAAAGGUAGAAACCUCUCUAUUGUAACAAUUUAUUUGAUGGAGCCUGUAACCUGCAGCCAGAUGCAGCUGAUUGGAUGCAUACAAAUUAUGUAAAGCUGUAACACAAUUGCCUACUAGCAUUAUAAAAAUAUACAAUAUUUACACUAAGAAAUCGUCAAGUUGUUUUAUUUAGCUGGUUACCAGACAAGACAGCUGAUGAGGGAAGGGGGCAGCAGAGCGUCGUAAUGGAGCAUGUCUCCAGCUAAUCGCUGUUUCGGUGUUACAUCCCUACUGGUUUUUACACCUACUGGUUUCCCUACGCGUGCGUGUUUGUGUUUAACCAACAGCAUCUGCUGCAGCACCUGGUCCUGGAGCUCCUGGAGGACUAUUUCAGUGUUGCUCGGGGUGUCCUGGGCACAUGGUAUUCUAUCUGCCUGGUUGUGUUUAGGUCCUGCGUUAGGUUUGGUUCCUGCUGACAACAACCUGAAAUAAUAACAACUUAUGACGCACACAUCCGAUUACAUAACUUAUGUUACUGACUGAGAAGGCACACCUCACAAAAGCAAUUAUUUCCUUGCUUAGUGGCAAUAAAUACCGUUAAUUUACCAUCCUGUGCUU